GACCCAGAGAGCGGCAUCAUACACCCUGGUGACAUCAACAACAAAUUCAUCUUCGUGCUCUUUGGGCUGAUUGGCGUCGCCUUCGUCGCCGUCGGCAUCUGGUUCUUCUUCUGGGCCCGCAACGGCGGCUUCUACUUCAAGGAGGACGACUGGGAUGACUACAAGUCCACCGUGCUGCGUCGCAAGGGCCCCAAUGGCACCACCCUCAGCGGCGCCACCACAGCGACCGACCUGGGCGGCGGCAGUGUCUACAAGGACAUCUACGACAAUGACGACGACAACCGCACCGAGGUCACCGGCACUACUCUGACUGGAAUUACUGGCGGCGUCUCUGACAUUGCCGGGCGCGAGAAGCGCCGUCAGAAGCGCGUCCAGAAGGAGCGCGAGAAGGAGCGCCGCCGCGAGGAGAAGCGUCGCGAGAGGGACGAGAAGAAGAAGCACCGCAGCAGGGAAGGAAAGCGCAAGGUUGGUGACGAUGGCGGCGUUGUCGACGAGGAGGCCGAGGCAGAGGCAGAGCAAUACCUGCGGAACUACCGCCAUGAGCGGCCGGCACGCGUCGGCGGCAUCAAUAGGGAGAGUGACGCCAGCACCUGGGACGGCUCCACGAAUCCCACCGAGAGCAGCAGGGGCGGCUACAGCGAGAGCGGCGUCACCGAGGAGCUGAUGGCCAACCAGGAGCCCAGCCCGGUCAGCUCGCCCACCAAGAAGAAGGCCCCCAGCGGUGGCAUCAGAAAGGUCUACUCGACCGCCGACAAGCGCGACAUGCGCGAGACAGAGCGUAUCCGCGCUGAGGCUCGCAAGCUGCAGGAGAAGGGCCGUGCCGCCGCUUCAAGCUCGGGCGGCGGGCCCCGCAGAACCUUUUCGUGGCAGCGCGACAACACCGUCACCGAGGAUACCGCCAUGAUGGCCGCGCCCCCAAGCUACACAGCCAGCGAGGUCGAGUCGCGCAUCCCUGGCAGCUGGGCCGAGAGCGACGUCGGGAGCGAGGUGGGCACCAAGGUCUACCAGCACCACAUCCCCGGCCUGUCGUCUGCGGGCUCGUCGGCCGGCGGCACAGACGUGAGGGAUUAUGCCGAGGAGAGGAGGAAGAACAGGCGGAGCGGCGGGUACAGGCGG